AUGGCGGAGGACCGAAUCGACGUACACAUCCCCCCUCGCCCAACGCUCCUAGACAGCGUCAGACUUCGCGAUAUCCAACUCUCCCUCCCUGCAGCCCCAGACCCGUGGCAUCGACAAGGAAAACCGCAACCAUGCACUGCAUCCCUCAAGUUGUCGUAUUCGUCCGCCGUCGCCGCCGCUGCAGCCGAUGACGUUUCUCUCUCCCUCGACUACGGGAAGCUCUACCGCCGCUUGGCGGAAGAUAUCCGGCAGAUGGGCCAACAGGAAGGCCUGGGCCAGCCGACCGUUUUUGUGGAUGGGAAUCUGAAGGAUGAGAAGGCUAUCAAUGCUCUGGGCCAGGACGUGAGGGUCAUCGGAGGCGUUGUCGCGAACUGCGGACUGGGCCUACUCGAUGAGACGGCUGCGGGUAUUAGGAGGAUGUCUCAUGUUCAUCAGAGCCCGAGGAACAGUAUUAAUUCCGCUGCUCUACCGGUUAGAUCCCUGGAUGAAGAGCAGCAGCAGCAGCAGCAGCGACGACGAUCAAGUUCCGCGGCGGCCGCAUUCCCUAUUUCUGGAGACUACGGGCAAUGUGAAAUCUGGAUCCAUUUGCCCAAGGCAUUGCUACGUGCUGAAGGUGGCCUCAGGUAUCGCAGCGUCACUUUGUGGGGUUACAAACAGCCGGAUGAGACGGGAACAGAAACCACUGUGGCUGCUAUAGAUGCUGACAGGCGUUCUGUGGUGCUGGAAGAGGAGUUUCGUAUUGAAGAUAUCCGAUGCUACUGUAUAUUGGGAGUGAACUCUCAUGAGAGACUGGAGAAGCAGGCUGUGAUGAUCACGUUGGAAUUCAAGGGCCCGGGACAAUUGGCAUGGGGAACUACUGUCGUUGAUACGUAUCAAGAGAUGACUAGAACAGUGGCUGAGAGAGUCGAAGAAACUACUUUCCAGACAGUAGAGGCACUGGCUACCUUCGUCGCACGAAUCGUGACUGUGGAGUUUGCCAACGAGAGAGUCACGGUCACUGUGGAGAAACCCAGCGCGUUGGCAUUUGUAGAGACAUCUGGCGUGGAAAUCACCCGGACCCAAGAGUUCUUUUCUGCGUGA